UGGUUUCUGAAACCGAGCUACCUUUCUUGGCGAGACUUUGUAUAGUGAGGGAACUGCUUUAAUCAUAUAGUGGGGAAAGAGCUGGAGAUUUCAACUGAAAAUGCCUCCUUCAAUCCUGUUACUCAUUAUUUUCGGGGUCGUUUGUUUGCUGGAAUUCCCUGGACUAACUGAGGGUGGUAAACUGCUAGUUAUCCCACAGGACACCGAUGUCUGGCUGGACAUGCACUCUAUGGUAACUAAACUUAAGAAAAAUGGGCAUGAGAUUGUGGUGGUAAUGCCCAAAAAUAAUGAAAUUUCCCAUUUAUCUAAAGACUUUAUAAUGAAGACAUAUCCAGUCCCUGCCCUUGAUCCUGAGCUCCAGAUUAAUUUAGAACCCACAGAACCACUCUCUCUGCUGAGUUGUUUUUUCAGCACUAUUAGCAUAGAGUAUAGAAGGUUGAGAUAUACAACAUCAAUCCUUAGUAAUACCUGCCAGCAUCUACUGGAUGACCAAGAAUUGGUCAGAUACCUGGAGAGAAGCUCAUUUGAUGCUGUGGUCAUAGAUCCUUGGUUCCCCUGUGGGCCGAUUCUUGCAGAGCACCUCUCUCUUCCAUCCAUUUAUGUGAUGCCAGGAUUUCCAUGUGGAUGGGACUACACAGCCACUCGUUGCCCAAAAUCUCCCUACCAAAGCCAGCACUAUGGUCAGAUGGACUUUACCCAGCGUAUGAAAAACCUUCUGGUUGAGUCAUUGGAAUACAUUGCCUGCCAGGAAAUAAAGGCAGAGUACACAAGGAUGGCUUCCCAAUUUCUGCACAAACAUGUGAACAUUCUGCAGGUUCUUAGUCAGGCUGAAUUAUGGCUCUUCAGAUAUGAUUUUGUGGUGGAAUCUGCUAAGCCAGUGAUGCCAAAUAUGAUGUUUAUAGGAGGAGAAACUUGCAAGGAGAAGGAGAAUUUACCCCACGAGUUUGAAAAGCUGGUUAACAGCUCUGGAGAACAUGGAUUUGUCGUGUUUUCGUUGGGAUCCAUGGUGUCUGAAAUUCCCAUAAAUAAAGCCACGGAUAUAGCAGAAGCUCUGAAAUCCAUUCCUCAGCAGGUUUUGUGGAGGUACACAGGAAAAACACCCCCAAAUCUGGGAGAGAACACCCAUCUAGUGAAGUGGCUGCCACAGAAUGAUCUGCUUGCUCAUCCUAAAGCUCGUGCCUUCAUCACUCACGCUGGAUCACAUGGGAUUUAUGAGGGAAUCUGUAAUGCCGUCCCCAUGGUUAUGCUGCCAUUGUUUGGGGACCAGAUGGAUAAUGCAAAACGCAUUGAAUCUCGCGGAGCAGGAUUGACUCUCAAUGUGCUGCAUAUGACUUCUGAGGACCUCAGCAAUGCAGUCAAAGCUGUCAUAAACAAUCCAGUUUACAAGGAGAACAUUCAGCGUUUGUCCUCUCUGCACCUGGACAGACCAGUUCAUCCCCUGGAUCUCGCUGUGCACUGGGUGGAGUUUGUUAUGAGACACAAAGGUGCACCCCACCUGCGUCCGGCCGCUCACGAUUUAAAUUGGUUUCAGUAUUACUCUCUGGAUGUUAUUGGCUUCCUAAUGUUUUUCCUGCUCACCACAUUGUUCAUCAGCUUAAAGUGCUGCACUUUUGUCUUUCGCCGUUGCUGUAAAAGGAGUUCAAAGCAAAAACCUAAAUCCAAGUCUCAGUAGAAUUGUCACAUUUCCAUAUUAUAUUGGUGGAACAUGUUACUUGUCCUGCUGAAACACAAAUUCUAACACAGCACUGGGCUUUUCAUCAGCUCUCUCAAACGUACUUUCUGCAGUAGCAGUAUGGAACACAGCAGUUCAACCCAUCUUUUGAAUAUACAAGAGAGACUAUACCCAAACACUAGUGUGUAGUAAUGUUACCUUCUUUGAUUUAUAUUGCAAAUAUGAAUUGUUUUUGCAAGGGCUUUAUCAUAUAGGAUUAAUAACUGUGGUGUGCUUAGCUAGUUUAUAUAAUUUAUUCUUGAUGUUUGUAUAUAGCUAGCUAUCCUGUAGGUUAAUAAAAUAUGUUUGGUUAAAAA